AAAUCUCGAGAGACCUCAGGUUGCAUGAUGGAGUUUGACCAUUACCUCAAGAGGUUUUAUGUUUUGGAUUAGCUAAUUGUGUUAUUCCUCUGCUGACUGUUUCUUUGGACUCACUUCUUCGUGUCCUUCUGAGGCAAUAAACUCAAAGGGAUUACACCAUGGACUACAAGGAGAGCUGUGCAAGUGUAAGCAUCCCCAGCUCUGAUGAACACAGAGAGAAAAAGAAGAGGUUUACUGUUUAUAAAGUUCUGGUCUCAGUGGGCAGGAGUGAGUGGUUUGUCUUCAGGAGAUAUGCAGAGUUUGAUAAACUUUACAAUACUUUAAGGAAACAAUUUCCUGCUAUGGCUCUGAAGAUUCCUGCCAAGAGAAUAUUUGGUGAUAAUUUUGAUCCAGAUUUUAUUAAACAGAGAAGAGCAGGAUUGAAUGAGUUCAUUCAGAACUUAGUUAGGCAUCCAGAGCUUUACAACCAUCCAGAUGUCAGAGCAUUCCUUCAAAUGGACAGUCCAAAACAUCAGUCAGAUCCAUCUGAGGAUGAGGAUGAAAGAAGUACUCAGAAGCUACUCUCUACCUCACAGAACAUCAACCUGGGACCAUCUGGAAAUCCUCAUGCUAAACCAACAGACUUUGAUUUCUUAAAAGUUAUUGGAAAAGGCAGCUUUGGCAAGGUUCUUCUUGCAAAACGGAAACUGGAUGGAAAAUUUUAUGCUGUCAAAGUGUUACAGAAAAAGAUAGUUCUCAAUAGAAAAGAGCAAAAACACAUUAUGGCUGAACGAAAUGUGCUCUUGAAAAAUGUGAAACAUCCAUUUUUGGUUGGAUUACAUUAUUCUUUCCAAACAACUGAAAAGCUUUAUUUUGUUCUGGAUUUUGUUAAUGGAGGGGAGCUGUUUUUUCACUUACAAAGAGAGCGGUCCUUUCCUGAACACAGAGCUCGGUUUUAUGCUGCUGAGAUUGCCAGUGCAUUGGGUUACUUGCACUCCAUCAAAAUAGUGUACAGAGACUUGAAACCAGAAAAUAUUCUCUUGGAUUCAGUAGGACAUGUCGUCUUAACAGAUUUUGGGCUUUGUAAAGAAGGAAUUGCUAUUUCUGACACCACAACAACAUUUUGUGGGACACCAGAGUACCUAGCCCCUGAAGUGAUCAGGAAACAGCCCUACGACAACACUGUGGAUUGGUGGUGCCUGGGCGCUGUCCUGUAUGAGAUGCUCUAUGGACUGCCUCCUUUUUAUUGCCGAGACGUGGCUGAAAUGUAUGACAAUAUUCUUCACAAGCCUCUAAAUUUGAGGCCAGGAGUGAGCCUCACUGCCUGGUCCAUUCUGGAAGAACUCCUAGAGAAAGACAGGCAAAAUCGACUUGGUGCCAAAGAAGACUUUCUUGAAAUUCAGAAUCAUCCCUUUUUUGAGUCACUCAGCUGGACUGAUCUUGUGCAGAAGAAGAUUCCACCACCAUUUAAUCCUAACGUGGUGGGACCAGAUGAUAUCAGGAACUUUGAUGCAGUGUUUACAGAAGAAACAGUUCCGUAUUCUGUCUGUGUGUCGUCUGACUAUUCCAUAGUGAACGCCAGCGUACUGGAGGCAGAUGAUGCCUUUGUUGGUUUCUCUUACGCGCCUCCUUCAGAAGACUUAUUUUUGUGAACAGUCUGCCCUCCAGAAACCGUUAAGCAAAUAUAAGCCUACAGAUGAGACGGAAACUCCUGUUUGUGUGAAUAUAUUCAAAUAUGUUUAACUAGUGCCUCAUUUUUACAUGUAAUGUUUAAAACUAUGAAAAAUGUAUUUUCUGCUGUAUGCAAGAAAAUAGGGCAUUUCAAAGAGCUAAGUUUUGGAUUAAAAUUUGUAUUCUUGUUUAUUAAGCUUAUUUUUAAACAAAUUUUAAAAGCUGUUGUUCUUAGCACUAACCUAUUUUUUAAAAAAAAAACCUUUUGCUAAUGACUGUUUUUUUCCCCUCUGGGUUUACACUAACAUCUACCCAAGAUCGGCUGUUUUUCAGCAGUCUGUUUCAGUUCAGUUAACGUAUAUUAAUGCCUUUGUAGCUCUCUACUUUGACCUUUGUUCUCUAAUCACAACUAUGCAAUUGGUACAUGGUUGUUUAAGAAAAAACCGUAUCUUCCCAUAAUGAAUCACUGUUUGACUAAUCAUUCCUUGGUAGGAUUAAAAUAUAAAAGCAUAGUUAAUUCAUUGGCUGCUAGCUGAUGCUUUGGAUAACUGUUCACUCUACAGAUCAAAAUAAGAAGUAACAAGAGGAAAUUCUAUGUUUCUGAAAUACCAGUUCAAAUUUGUGAAUUAUUUUUCCUCUGGAGGAAAAGUGAAAGUUUAAUAGUUAGAAAAUUUAAGUAUUCCCAAAGAUCUGAAGGGAAAUAAAGUAACUGCUGGAUUUUUUUUUAGGUGGUGCCAAAAAUGAAUGUCUCUGUUUCAUGUAUUUAUAUUACCAAUACAUUAUAUUUAUGUUCUUUUUUGGUCUUUUGAAUAUUUAAUAUAUUGUUAAGUAGGUCUAAAUCUUGGUAUUUGCUUUUGCAAAUAGUUGUUCUUCCUAAUUGGUUGAUAAGUGACAAGAAUAUUGCACUGUCUGUUUACCUAAUUGGGAAUCAAAAGAAUAGCAAAUUAUGGGUCAGUAUAAAUCUAUACAAUUUUACUACAGUGUAACAAAAGUUAACAUAAUUUAGGCAGAUACAUAGUAUCUUAUUUAUCUUAGAAAAAGUACAGGAAAUAGACCUUUAAAAUCAUACUUAAAACCAAUUUGUGUAUUUGUAAAAAAGGAGUAUCUACAGAAAACUAAAACUUAUGCUUACCUUGGGGUUCUGACUCUUAGUUUAGAGACUUUUCAAGUCUUGUAGGAAACUGUGAAAGAGUUCAGUGACACAGUGUUGAUGCCUCAAGAACAAGCGUUCUUUCAUGUAAUUUUCUCUGGAGAAAGAAAUUAUAGAAUUCCCUUUAGCUUAAAAUUUUUCCACAGAAGCGGGGACGGGAGAGUGUACUUUUGUUAGACUAGUAAUAUUUGCAUUCAAUACACUGAAUCUUCCUUUAGAGGUAAGACUUUAAUAGCAACACUGUAAAUAUUUGGUUUAUUUGGCACUACUGUAAGUUCUGCUUUUAUACAAAGCUCUUUGCUUAUUGUAAAGCAAAAUAAAAACUGUAGUUUCUUGUAUGAUUUUUUUACUCAGCUGUUCCUUAAACUGCCAGAAAUUAAAGUGCAAUAUUGUAUGUUUUUAACAACAGAUUUUAAAUAGAAUAUUGAUGUUUCUUCGGUCACAAGAAAUACAGAUCUUAUAACUAUAAUAAAAACUAGCAAAAAGAUUAA